AUGUCCAGCUGUGUCAUUUGCGAUAAGCCCCUAGAGGUAGAAAUCGAGCGCGACGAGGACGAAGAAUACGAGGGAGGAGCGUCGUCGUCUGGCAAAGGACCUGCAGCGGCACCAGAGACAUAUCCCGAUGACGUACAGCUAACUUGUGGAUGCCACUUCCACUGGGAUUGUCUCCUCUCUGCUUACGAAAUAACUUCGUGUCCACAUUGCGGCAAAGAGAUCUCCACCACAGGCGACGGUAUACAAAAGGUUCUCUGCACACUCAACAACGAAGGCGGAAUCCAAGAGAAUCUCGAUAUCCUGCCCCUCCUCACCGAAGAGUCGUACCUAAAAGCCUACCCCGAAGAUAGGAAAGCGCGCGCAUUCCUCGAGUUCUGUCGCGAAGGUGACUACAAAGCUGUGGUUGAUCUACUGCUCGAUGAUUCCGAGGACGACGAGGAUGAAGAGGGUGAUGUGGAGAUGAGCAGUACGGAACACCCAGAGAAGGAGGUCGGCAUCGACAGGAUGUUGAGAUAUCAGGAUCCGAUUGGGGAUAUGCAGUCGGGUCUACAUGCAGCGGUACACGCGCAGAGUAGGGAAGUUGCUUGGUUGUUGCUGCUUCUCGCGAGUAACUACCCGUUGCUAGACUUCCCGACGCAAGUCUUCCAGGAGGCAGAGGCUAUGGGUAUCAUGCGAGGGCUUACAGAAGACAAGAUCGAUAUUAGGAGUUUGAGGGAUGCGAAUGGCAGGACUGCGGAAGACAUCGCAAAGGAGAUUGGUGGAGUGUGGGUAGGAUGGACGGACAACAACCGAUUGGCGAUAUGA